AUGGGGAUCAUAUCAUCUAGGAUUUUGAAACCGGAGUACAGAUCUCAAUACAAUAACCAAAUCCCGAUGCAGGAGAAAGUGGUAGAUUCUUCAAGCGAUUGGCAAAAUCAACAUGACGUUUUCAUGAAAGGAGGUGGCUGCAAACAACAACGUUCAAAUGAAGAAAGCCAUGUGAAGACUUUCCUGUCUUCAACUACUGUUUCCCUAGACGAAAUAAACGAAGAGGAAGAUCAGAAGUUUGUAGAAUUCAUGAAAGGAGGUGGUUGCAAAGAAUCAUUUACGGCUUGGAAUGAUGAUUGCAAUUUCACUGAGGAGGAAGCUGAGAAGAACAAAGAUUUGGUUACUAAGUGUGCGGGACUCUUUGGGACGUUUUCCAAGUGUAUGGAUACUCACUCUGAUUACUAUCAUCCGAUUCUCGCAGUGAAGAAAACUACCGAAGAACAUUUGGAGAAAGAGCUCGCAACUUUCUUCUUGGAAGAAAGCUAA